GUCUACAGUAUGUUGGUUUGAGUUCUUCUUUCUCAUCAUGAUGACUCACCUAUUAACAGUUCUGCUCUGGUGCGCUGCAGUGCUUCCUGGCCUUCUUGCGGCAGUCACAUGCGACAAGGAAAGCGUGUGGGAGGCCGCGAGACUCGGUGUCCAACACAUCAACGGGAAGCACAAGCAUGGGUUCAGGUUCAAGCUGCAGGAGGUCCAGAGCAACAAAUAUCAACAGGUUUCAGGAGGUUGCCACAUCGAUGUGAACGUGAAGCUGGUUCAGACCAAAUGUCACGUCACCAACCCCAAACCUGACGACCAAUGUGAGCUGUGGCGACGGGAUGAACGGGGUGCUGUUGCCACCUGCAGCAUUGAAUUUUGGGUGAUGUGGGGAGUGGCCAAAGUCACCAGACACGAAUGCACCACCAGACCAGAACUUACCAAUGAGGAGCUGGUGACUGUUUGUCCUACUUGCCCCAAGUUGUUGCCUCUGGAUGACCCGACAGCCGUGAAGGCUGUCAAUGAUGCUGUAGUCAAGUUCAACCGGGAGAGCAAAUAUGAGAAUCAGUUCUCCCUGAUGGAAGUGGCUCAUGUGACAAUGGGGUCAGUUGCAACUAUUGGCAUGAUUACCUCGCUCAAGUUUGCCCUGGUUGAGACCACGUGUCCCAGGAAUACUUUUGUGUCCUGCACGCCUCGCUGUCCAGACAGAGCUCAUCACGUCUUUUGUCAAACCUUCUAUUACAACUUGUACAGACAAGUGGGAGAACUUGACUGUGAAUUGUAUCUCCCAAAAAAUCCAGGCCCAUAUCCGACUGACUUGCCGGAGCCUGUUUGCAGCCCGUUGUUCCACCAAAGUCCAGAGGCCUGCGUUUGCAAGGAGCGACUGAACUACCCCGAUCGCACUCUUCAUCACAUUUGUCCAUUCCCACUUAAGUGAUAUUGCUUGCAAACUUAAUAAAACAAAAUUUGAAAGUA